AUGAAAAAAAUAAAAUGCAAAAGUAUAUCAGAAAUAGAUGAUCAAAUCAAGGCAUAUCUAAAUACUCCAAUUAAUCCUUAUAACAUACCAAUGAUAAGAGCGAGCCAUCCAAGACCUAUAAUAGAAGUAGAACCAGCUUCUCAUAUCCCUACUAUUAUUCCGGCUGAACCUACAUUAGAAAUCCCUAUUAAUGCUGCAAAGGCAGUCUAUCCUUCUGUUCGAGGACGACCAAAAGCUCAAAAAAAAAUUCAAAAUUCGAUGCUUGAUGAUUUUUACUUUCUACCUACACAAAAAUCAACACAAGUUUGUACUCUUGAUGAAAUUUCAUUUGAAUUAAGAAAUACUAUAUCGGAUGGAGAGUU